AGACAAUUUAUUGUCAUUUCCAAAGCACGACUCGCUCAAAAUUGAAGACUAGAAAGUGAUGUCAACAGUCGUAUGUUAAUACAAUAUGUCAUCAAUCAACCAGAGUCACUAUCUUGAUCAUUUUUCGAUUUCUCAGGAGGCAAAUGAUGUCUACAAAGAAAGUACAUGUGCACUAGACAACAUGAAACUUUAUACUGCAGAAAAUUGUACAGGCAGUUGUCAAACUCGUGUCACAGAAGGGUAAAGGACAUAUACAGUAUGUGACAACUGAAUGGUAUCCUUUUGUAAAUUUUUAGUAUUCAAGAAAAUUUGCAAACAGAGUUUCUUGAGAGAAAGGACUAGUAUUUAUGGAUAUCAAUGAUCAACAUGAACAUUGGUACACCUUUGAGAUGUGUGACACCAGGAGUUAGGGGGAAGGUAUGGACAUUCAAGGAUUCCCAGGACAAUUGCGGUUAUUUUGGAGUAAAGGGUACCUCUUUGGGCAAAAAUUCUCUCUUGCCAAAAAUCUCGCAAAGGUCGAGAUUUGGGGAGAAUUAUUCAAGAGCUGUACAGCGUCCCCAUGGCUGCAAACAAUUGGAGAACAACUCGCAUUUUGAAAGUACUUGGUUAGCAUCAAAGGAAAAUGAAACUAUUAGUAAGCUUACAAGACCGAGUCUAAGAGACAACUUUGAAAUUAUCAAACAUACUGAACAUUGCCACUUAGGGAGAAAAGAUACGAAAAUGAAGGGGAAGCUUUCUGGAAGUUCACAAAGUGCACAGCAAAAAGCAUAUUUGAGAAUGGUGUUUAGUAGGUCGCCUCAUGACCACUCAACAAGCAACGACAACAAUUUUGACGAAGAUUACAUAAGCUUUGACGAUGAGCUAUUUUCACGGUAUUUGAAGGAGGGAUCUGAGAUACAACACUCCAGUUUCGUACCUACAAACGUGAGAUCGGCUAAAAUAGGCACACCUACGGAUCCUACGCAAUUGCGAUCAGGUGUAAAAUCGGGCAAGUGUCGUUUGCGAAGAAAAUAUACUGAUCUAGGCGUUACAGUGUCAGACAAUAAUUUAAUAAAAUACGGUAGAUGAAUUUAAAAUAUAGUUUAGUUCGGGCCAAAAACAUUGUUCAAAAACAUAGUGAUCUCUCUCAAUAUAUAUCUGUUUUAUAGAUAGGGUGAACACCAAACGUGAUUGGCUGAUUUGUGGUCACGUGACUUCAGAUAAAUGCAAUGUUUCCCGCCGGGCAACAAGUGAAAAAUUGUCGCCCGCCCGACCGGCUACGUACAUAAAUAAACAAAAUGGCGGCACAACUAGCAUAAUUAGAAACUACAAUUUUCCAAGUUCGUGUUCACAUAAAGAAUGUAAAAGAGAAAAAAAAUACACAACAGGCAACAG